AUGGCCGAGGCUGAAGAGCUACGUCAAUUGACGCUUGCUGCCAUGGCUAAAUUAUCGCUCGGGUCCACGCAAUCAGACGACAUUGAUGAGAACGUUCUCGCAGCACUUCCACCUGGGACUGAAUUUGUCUCCAUCGCACCGCACGGUGUCAGUUCAUUCAACGAAACGUGGCGCAUUGAGACGACGCUUGAUGGCGUAGAGAAACUGUACUUCAUGAAGUCCCACAAGGGCGACUUAGGCCGCAGAUCUCUACAGGGCUCCUUCGAGUCCGAAAAGCUCUUUUGCGAAUAUGAGCCGGAGCACGUCCCUCGACCAAUCGCCUUUGGGAACUACAAAAGUGAUCCUGAUACUUGGUUCUUCUUAGCUGCAUUCCAUGAUAUGGUUGAGGAGCUGCCCGAAGUCGACAAGCUUGUGUCCAUUGUCGCAGAUUACCACCGGAAAAGCUUUGCAAAGUCACCUGGCGGCAAAUGGGGCUUUCAUAUGGAAACCGGAUUGCCAUUUAAAAUGAUCGAUGAGGAAGAGAUAGUCCAUGGGCAGGCCGACGAGUUGGACGAAUUGAAGAAGGACCUUUUUGAAAAAGUGAUGCCGCGACUGCUACGACCAAUGGAGACUGGGGGCCGCUCCAUUAAGCCGUGCUUGAUUCACACCGACCUAUGGCCCGGCAAUAUACUCCCAGACGUGGAUACGGACAGACUGAUGCUGUAUGAUUCCCGUGCUAUGUGGGGUCAUAACGAAUGCGACUUGGGUACAUGGAGGGCCGCCCGAUUCCGCUUGGGCACGCCAUAUGUAACCGAGUACCAAAGGAAAAUGAGCAUGUCAGAGCCACAGGAAGACUGGUCGGAUCGACACGCACUUUAUGCGCUGAGAUACAAAAUUCUUAAUGCUGUCCUUUUCCCCGGCGAGGAGAGACUUCGAAGGGUCUUCAUGGAUGAGAUGCGGCGUCUGAUUCAGAAGUAUCCUAACGGGCUGGAUGACUUCCAGGAAGAGAGCGAUAUGAAAGUGAGGAAGUCAGCAACAGCUAUCGUGCCUCGCCAAGCUGCUCUUCAGGAGUCGACUGGCAACGUCCAGUGA